ACUUGAACGGAAAUGACGUAAAGGGUCUUUACUGAGACUGCGCAGAAACGCGCGUGCGCCGAGCUCAACCCGCUAUAAAAGCGCAAGCCGCGGGUCGGGGUGUUCUCUUUCAAUCGGACCAGAGACGAGAUGUCUCACCGUAAGUUUUCGGCUCCCCGCCACGGUUCUCUGGGUUUCCUCCCCCGCAAGAGGAGUCGCAGACACCGUGGAAAGGUGAAGAGCUUCCCAAGGGAUGACCCCAACAAACCCGUCCACCUUACCGCCUUCCUGGGCUACAAAGCCGGCAUGACCCACAUCGUUCGUGAGGUCGACCGACCCGGCUCUAAGGUAAACAAGAAGGAGGUCGUCGAGGCGGUUACGAUCGUCGAGACCCCGCCCAUGAUUGUUGUUGGCAUUGUGGGAUACGUGGAGACUCCCCGCGGGCUGCGUUCUUUCAAAACCGUUUUCGCAGAGCACAUUAGUGACGAGUGCAGGCGCCGCUUUUACAAGAACUGGUACAAGUCCAAGAAGAAGGCUUUCACCAAGUACAGCAAGAAGUGGCAGGAUGAAGAGGGCAAGAAACAGCUGGAGAAGGACUUUGCCUCUAUGAAGAGGUACUGCAAGGUCAUCCGUAUCAUCGCCCACACACAGAUGCGCCUCCUGCCUCUGAGGCAGAAGAAGUCCCACUUGAUGGAGAUCCAGCUGAAUGGUGGAACCAUCGCCAGUAAGGUGGACUGGGCUCGGGAGAAACUGGAGCAGGCCGUUCCAAUCAACAACGUGUUCUCCCAGGAUGAGAUGAUUGACGUCAUCGGGGUCACUAAGGGUCACGGAUACAAGGGUGUGACGAGCCGUUGGCACACAAAGAAGCUGCCCCGUAAGACCCAUCGUGGUCUGCGCAAGGUGGCGUGUAUCGGAGCCUGGCAUCCUGCUCGCGUGGCCUUCAGCGUUGCACGUGCUGGUCAGAAGGGCUACCAUCAUCGCACAGAGGUCAACAAGAAGAUCUACAAGAUCGGACAGGGCUUCCACACCAAGGAUGGCAAAGUGAUCAAGAGCAACGCCUCCACGGAUUACGAUCUGUCCAACAAGAGCAUCAACCCACUGGGUGGAUUUGUGCACUACGGUGAGGUGACCAACGACUUCCUGAUGCUGAAGGGUUGCGUCAUCGGAACCAAGAAGAGGGUCCUGACCCUCCGCAAGUCCCUGCUGGUCCAGACGAGCCGUCGUGCCCUGGAGAAGAUCGACCUCAAGUUCAUCGACACCACCUCCAAAUUCGGGCACGGACGUUUCCAGACUGUGGACGAGAAGAAGGCUUUCAUGGGUCCACUCAAGAAAGACCGUAUCGCCAAGGAGGAGUCUGCCUGAGCACCACGUCACUCUGCUCUGUCUGUGUGUUAAUGAAUGUUCAUGUUGCACUGCGGAGAUGUUUAAUAAAGAAAAUUUAUAAAAAAAAAACAACCUUGUUUCAUAUUUUUCUGUGCAGCAAAAUACAUGACCAAUUGAUUAGAAAUGGGAUUGGAUCAAUACCCUUCAGGGGCGUGAAGGUACACAAUUCAGUUUUUGGGGAAUAAAUGCAAAAAUUAAUGCAGUUUGUAGCAUAAAUUAUUUAAAAUGUCUGGUAAUGUAUAAAAUAAGGAAUGAAUGCAGUACAUUUUUGAUCAAUUUGGCACAAUGUGUUUUAAAUUCUGUUUAUACUUCACUAUAUCUACAUUCUUUAACAAAUGUUCAUUAGUUUUACCUCCAUAUGCACAUUUGUCAGGAUUUUUGCUUCAUUGAUCAGUUUCUUGGUGCAGAGCUGCAUGUCAAUGUGGUACAUUGUAAAUAAACUUACACACUCGAAUGUUG